UUAUUUUCUUUUAAAGGUUGAUGUCUGAUCAGUGAGUGACGGAGCAAAGCUUCACAGACGUUCUGUGUAAAUAAACGAGCUGUUCUCCACAGACCAGAUCUGCUGUAACUUCAGGUUGAUUGUUCUCAGACUCAGGUCUCAGGAUGGAGAACGGGUCCUCACACCAACACUUUAUUCUGAACGGUUUCCAUGAACUCGGAGCUCUGAGGCCUCUCCUCUUCAUCCCGUUCUCCAUCAUGUUUGUUGUCUCCCUGUUGUCCAACUGUCUCCUGCUCUACGUCAUCGUGUCCCAGAGAAGUCUCCACUCGCCCAUGUACGUCCUCAUCGGCAGCAUGGCGUGCAUCGACCUGAGUCUCCCGCUCUUCUUCGUGCCCAACAUGCUGCUGAGUUUCCUGUUUGGCUGGAGGGGGAUCUCUCUGACCGGAUGUCUGCUCCAGAUGUACUUAGUUCACUUAUUAGGAGCGUUCCAGUCCACUCUGCUGCUGUGGAUGGCUCUGGACCGCUACUUCGCCAUCUGCACGCCUCUCUACUACCACCAACGCAUGUCUGCACCACGGUUCCUGAAGUUCGUGGUUCCCCUCGUGAUCAGGAACGUGCUGAUGAUCACGCUGCUGGUGGUUCUGGCUGGAAAGCUGCCGUUCUGCUUCAGUAACGUGAUCGACCACUGUUUCUGUGAACACAUGGCGCUGGUGGAACUGGCCUGUGGAAGCACAGCCGUCAAUAACCUGGUGGGGCUGCUGACCGUGUUCCUCAUCCCUGUAGCCGACUUCAUCUUCAUCACCGCCUCCUACAUCGUCAUAUUCUGCUCCGUGUUGACUUCUGGUAAAUCAGGGGGCAAAGCUCUACACACGUGUGUCACCCACAUUGUUGUGAUGACUGUCAGUCUGGUCAUCAUCCUCGUUGCUUUCCUGUCCUACCGGGUCAACAGUGGUCUCCCUGUAGCCGUCCGGGUUUUCUUCAGCACCAUGUACCUGUUCUUCCCGAGUUGUUUCAACCCCAUUAUCUACGGCAUCAGAACCACAGAGAUACGGCAACACAUUGUGAGGACGUUGACGUGUCGGCACUUGGUCCAGAAUAAUCCACAUUCCUAAAAAAAAUAGACGAGAGAAAACCACAAAGAGAUCAGAGCUUGUGUCAGUAAAUAAACAGGAAACUGGUCAGAACAUACUGUAUAUGAACCAGAGAUAGACAUAUCAAUCGAAAUAAAAUAAAAUAAUCAUAAGACAUUUUAGAUCAAGUGUCUGCAACC